UAGAUUUAAGAACCUUAUUUAGUCACAAGAAGUGAAAAUAAUCAAUAAGCCUGUCUGUGGAGUACGUAUAAAAGGGCUUUUGCUCAGUGUAGACAACACAAGACUGGAGAAGCACAGAUAAAGAUCCUACAUCACAGAAUCACUCCAAAACAAACAGGAUGGAAUACUACAAGUUUGCUCUGCUGGUGGUUUUCCUGUCUUACGUUGAACGCUGUUGGUCUGCUUCUUGCGUGGUGGACAGUUUUCAAGUCAAGGACAACUUUGAUCCGAAGCGGUAUGCAGGUAAAUGGUAUGCUCAGCAGAAGAAAGAUCCAGAGGGACUUUUCCUCCAGGACAACAUCUCUGCUGAAUACACUAUUGAUGAUGAUGGCACCAUGACUGCCUCUUCCAAGGGUCGCGUUACUCUUUUCGGGUUCUGGGUUGUGUGUGCUGACAUGGCCGCCCAGUACAACGUGCCUGACCCCGCCACUCCUGGCAAGAUGUUCAUGAACUACCAGGGUCUGGCUAGCUACCUGUCUAGCGGAGGUGACAACUACUGGGUCAUUGACACUGAUUAUGACAACUACGCUAUCACCUAUGCUUGCCGCACCCUGAAGGACGAUGGCACGUGUGAUGAUGGCUACGCUCUGGUCUUCUCACGCAAUCCCCGCGGCCUGCCACCUGCAAUCCAGCGUAUCGUCCGCCAGAAGCAGGAAGAGAUCUGCAUGGCUGGUCAGUUCCAGCCAGUGCUGCAAUCUGGGGCUUGCUAAGGUUUUGGAGCCAAAUAAGAGGGAAUUCUUUAGCAUGAUGGUAUGAGAUGAGGCGUCCGGGCCAUUGCAUUUCAGUACUGUUGAGAUGUAAAGAACAACGCAUCUAGCAGGGAGAGAGACCAAUUGAAACUUUAUCUCAAGGGAAUGUGGUGUUGUGUAACGUGUUUGUGAG